AUGGUUUCUCUCAAGUCCCUCCUCGUCGCCUUGACGGCCUUUACUGGCGUCAUGGCUUACCCAUUCGACUUCCUUCAUGAGCGAGAUGAGGGCAAUUCCACCGAGGCUCUCGAGAAGCGCCAGUCAACAGCCAACUCGGUCGGUACCCAUAACGGCUACUUCUACUCGUGGUGGACUGAUGGUGGUGGCUCUGCUACGUUCAACCUACUCGAAGGCUCGCGCUAUACAGUAAACUGGCGCAACACCGGUAACUUCGUCGGCGGCAAAGGCUGGAACCCAGGCAAUGGCCGCACCAUCAACUAUGGCGGCGCCUUCAACCCCUCCGGAAACGGCUACCUCGCCAUCUACGGCUGGACACGCAACCCUCUGGUCGAAUACUAUGUCAUUGAAUCCUACGGCACAUACAACCCGUCCCAGGGCGCCCAGUACAAGGGUAGCUUCACCACUGACGGUGGCACUUACAACGUCUAUGUUUCCACCCGCACCAACCAGCCGUCUAUCGACGGGACUAGGACCUUUCAGCAGUACUGGUCCGUUCGCCAGGGCAAGCGUGUUGGUGGUUCGGUGACUAUGCAGAAUCACUUCAAUGCUUGGGCCCGCAAUGGGUUGAAUUUGGGGACGCAUUACUAUCAGAUCGUUGCGACUGAGGGGUAUCAGAGCAGUGGAAGCUCAGAUAUCUACGUGCAGACGAGGUAA